UCUGGAAUUAGGUCGAAUUAGGAACAACAUCAGCAAACGACCCCAUUUCAAUGGACGCGAAACUGAUAGCGCCGCGUUAAUUACGAAUUCUUGGUCUACCUACUAGUUUCAAAUGAACCAUGCAUUACUGCGUGCUACCGUUUGUACGUUUAAUGACGAUCGAAUGAGAAUUGUGUCUUUGAAUCACCGAUUGAUCGAUAAGUCAGUUCUACUGUGCGUGUCAAGCUCACAAAGUCUCGAAAUAUUAAAGUACAGUAAUAGUCUAAUAAUAGAUGUACACUUAGUCAGCAAAUUUUAUUAUUAAAAUACGAAACAGUGACAAAAGAAUAAGUUUUUUUAUAUUAAUUUUAAAGAACUUUAUAGAAAAAAAGAAGAAAUAUGAUUUUUACUUUAAAAUAUUUUCUGUGUGCUUUCCUUUAAAAUAAGACAUGUAUGAUUAAAUGAAUAUUUACUAAACAACUUAAUAUUAAUUUGAUUGGAAUAAUUAAUUUAAAAAGUCAUCUUUUUAUUAAUUAAUUCGUAAUUUAUUUAAUUCCAGACGAAUUAUCGUCUCAUUUUGGCUUAAACAAGAGAAAUAUCGUAUAUUUGGACAAAAGUUUUCGCAAAAAUGUAAGUAUGUUCGAAAAAUAAAUUAAGAAUCGAGUCGUGCAUAUAUCAUAUUGUCUUACGCACGUUAAUUAGUACGUAAUUGUAUGCGCGGCGAUUGGUACGGUGCAUACGAUAAGAGGUAGCACAGCAGUGGACAGUCGCUUCAAAGUGCCUCACGAUCAAGUGCCCUCCGUGGCAUAAAUCGUGACGAUAUAUCCUUACGCAAAAAAAUCGUAAAGUCUGAGGAAGUCCUCGAGUGCUAAGAACGAGAGAAAACGAGAGAAUGGUGUACGGGAAACUGCAUGUGUUACCAUUGAGCCUCUUCAUUUUAAUUCCCGUGACAUUUGUGAUUACAUAUACCAUAUCGGUGCAAUGGGAUCAUGUAGUACCUGGAUUCCCUUAUAUAUCGGAGACUGGCACGUUGUCGCCAGAAUCGUGCAUAUUCGCACAAUGCUUGAACAUUGCGGCGCUUUUACUCGGAUGCUGCGUUUAUAUUAGACAUCGACAAGUGCUACAAUGGCAAACGGAGAGAGGUCGUGAUCUGGUAGGCAGAAAAAUCAUUGUGGCAACGAUGUGCUGUGGCAUCCUCGCCUGCUUCGGUCUAGAUAUACUCGCCAAUUUUCAAGAAGCUCGCGUAGUCGCCGCUCACAUGGUGGGAGCGAUGACUUGCUUCUCCGCCGGCACUCUCUAUUUCUGUCUGCAGACAUAUCUCAGCUACAAGAUGGUACCAGCCGUGAACGGCACAAUUAUCGUUUAUGUGCGCGCGGUUUUAUCGGCGCUCACAUUGAUAUUAACGAUCGCUACGAUCGUUCCCGGCUACAUCUCGAUGUCGGAAUUUCAAGGUAACGAUUAUAAAAAGUGGCUGCCGGUAGACGGCGGUUGGGAUUGGCAUGUUGCAAGCACUAUAUGCGAGUGGAUCCUCGCGAUCGUCUAUUGCGCAUUUCUCCUUACUUUCGUCCCGGAAUUCCGAUUAAUUAACUUCGAGGACCCCGUUGUCACGUUAAUGUAUCUGGAUAAAAUUGGGAGCGCAGCAAUACCGCAGAAAACGGAAACGACCAUGCCACAGGAUACGUAAAUUCUUUCUUACGUCGGCACGUCAAGCUCCUGCUUCUAGCUAUAUUUAGAAUCCAACACUCUACUUAUAUAUCUUGUAUUCCUGGUGAUUAUCACGGAUUAUCACGAGGAAAGCGACGAAGCGAAGACAGAUUAAUAAGUAGAACGUAACAUAUACAUUGCAAAGCGUAGCAGAAAGAGGAGCACUGAUAAAUUCCGUCACGAAUGAAGUUAAGUCAGCGUAAAUCUCUCACUGAUGCCGCGAUCAUCAAAAGCCGAAUACAAGAAAACGUUAUUUAAAAAUGCAAAGCUAUAUAUACGCAUCAUACUUUCAUACACAAGCAUAUAACGAUCACAGUAAGCAUAGUACACUUGGAUGAAAUAAAUCAUUAAGUAUUAAUGUCGGUUUAUUGGUGUCGAAGUCCGUUCUUGACCAACAUACUAAAUACAAAUCGCCGGCAUUGACAACAUGCUGUAUCAAUAAUGUUCAAUGCAUGCGCGUUCAGAACUUGUUAUUUAAAGAGAUGCUGGAACGAAUCUAGACACAUAUAGGUGCGCAAAUUAAUUUAGUGUUUCUUUUUUUGAAGAAAUCGAGCUUUUACAAAAAAUAAAAAGUGUCAAUCUUAGAAGUAUUUGCCAUCAUUUUUUAAUAUUUUCCUCCAUCUAUCGAGCAACUCACGAAUCCCUUCUCGAAAAAAGAAAGAAAAUAAAGAUUUUCUGUUUGUACGAUUUGCUUCAUUAAUAAAAAUUUAUUAAAUUUGUAAAAGACAUAAAGUAUGUUCUAAAAUCAAUUAAGUUAAGUAUCCGAUUAAAUAUUUUGCAACU